AUGAGGAAGCCGCGUUCGUUUGAUAUGGAUGAGCGUCCACGACUUGAGCUGUACGCUGGUCUUGCUGCUCUAUAUCAAUCACGAGAGUUCUCAGAUCUGGUUGUGUCAGGGAGAGAGGGUACUCGGCAUCCGAUACAUCGAGCCAUUGUGUGUCCCAGAUCGGAGCACUUCUACAAUGCUGUGAAGGAAGCGCAGUGGAAGGACGAUAUCGAAGGACAUAUCUCCCUCCCGGAAGAUGACGAGGUCGUGCGGUUACUCGUGGAGUAUCUCUACCUACUAGACUACGACCCUGUCGUUCCCUGGCCCGGAGCAGAGCCCAGCUCUCAUGGCAAUAGCAGCGACAGCAUGAGCGUGUCGACGGAAGCAGGUCAAUACGGGCAUGUCUUUGGGACAUCCGCCAUAAGCGCUUUUGGAGGCCCGGCGCAAGAGUCGCCAUUCUCUGGAUCCUUUCGACCUCGCAACGAUUCAUCCCUCACCAUACACGCACUGCCAAGCGGUGGCACAGACUUCCAUCACAACUACGCCAACCAGAGCCCGCCUAGGCGACGCAAGACCACACGCGGCAUGGUCAUGAGUGCGCCCGAUCCAUCACCUCUGGCUACCAAGGAGCCGCACCUGAUACUACACGCCAGAAUGUACGCCGCUGGCCAUCAGUAUGGCAUCGAUGGGCUGAAGGCAUUGUCCUUGGACAAAUUCAAAAUUCAAUCAACCAGACACUGGAACUCCCCCGAGCUGGCUGAAGCCAUACACGUGGUCUACACUGCAACGCCUCCGAACGACAAGGACAUGCGGGAAGCUGUCGCUGACACUCUAGGCUGGCACAGCCGUCUACUGGACAAACCGGAGAUCGAAGUCGCGAUCAUGGAGAUCAACGGCCUAGCAUACGAGCUCCUCAAACGAAGCAGAAGAGCCGAACCAGAAUACAUGGACUAG